UGUGUGUGUGUGUUUUCUCACCAGCUGAAAAUGGCGGCUCGGAGCGUCGAAUCGUUCUAACUUUAUCGGACAAUAAUAAACACAACAAUAUAACACAUCUGUUAUCACAUAACAUGGAGGGAAACUUUACUGAGAGACUGCAAACGCUCUAGCUGGAACAUACUACUUUCACCACUACGGCUAAAGGAGUUAAUACGCAGAGGUAACGGUAAAGAAGCGUACAACUGUACCGAGGCUAAUGUCAGCUAGCUAGCGUUAGCCGACGACUUAAGAAAGGGAUGCCAUCGGAGCUAGUUCACGUUAGCCGACAACUCCAACUAGCUAAAUAACGGCCCUAAAUGGACUCACUGGCCACAGGGAAUUCAUUCUGAAAGGUAGUAGCUCCUAUCGGCACUUGUCUGUCUUAAUACAGCGACGCAAGUCCAACGUAAAUGUGUUUGUGUUAUGUUGCUAACCUCAGGCAACAAUGUUUGCUAACGUUAGCACGGCUACCUAGCUAACGUCAGGCUCCACUCAGAGAGAGAGGUGUGUGUUUCUGACACACUGAAACAUUUUAACACCGGUUGACUGUUUAUUUGGUGUAAUUUAACGUUGCUGCCGAUACUUUGUCUUCUAGAGAUUAUGGAGGACCCUCAUACACGGUACAGCAAACGGCUGCGUACGGGGACGCGGCGGCGCUACCAGGACGAUGGAAUCUCAGAUGAUGAAAUUGAAGGCAAACGGAUGUUCGACCUGGACGAGAAGUUGCAGUGUGUCCGGUUUAAGUCUGACUUGGUCAAACACAUGGAGGGUAAAGAUUUCACAUUUGAGUACAUCCAGAGGGAGGGGCUCAGGGACCCCAUUAUCUUUGACAGAGCUGAUGGCCUUGGCAUACAAAUGCCAGACCCUGAUUUUAGUGUGAGUGAUGUCAAGUUGUUUGUUGGUAGUCGACGCAUUGUGGACGUGAUGGACGUGAACACCCAGAAGGGAAUCGAGAUGUCGAUGGCUCAGUGGCGACGCUACUACGAAACGCCCCCGUCUGAAAGAGAGAAACUUUACAACGUCAUCAGUCUGGAGUUCAGCCACACCAGGCUGGAGAAUCUGGUCAAACGUCCGGCGUCGGUGGACCUGAUUGACUGGGUGGACAACAUGUGGCCCCGCCAUCUCAAGGAGAGACAGAGAGACUCCACUAAUGCCAUCAUAGACAUGCAUUAUCCCAAAGUACAGAAGUACUGUCUCAUGAGUGUGCAGGGCUGCUUCACAGAUUUCCACAUUGACUUUGGAGGCACUUCAGUGUGGUACCACAUCCUGCGAGGAGGAAAGGUGUUCUGGCUGAUUCCACCCACGCCACCGAACCUGGAGAUGUACGAGAACUGGGUUUUAUCAGGAAAGCAAGGGGACAUCUUCUUGGGGGACAAGUGUUACGACUGUCAGAGGAUCGAGCUCAAGCAAGGCAACACCUUCAUAAUCCCAUCAGGGUGGAUCCAUGCCGUGUACACACCGGAGGACACACUGGUGUUUGGGGGAAAUUUCCUCCACAGCUUUAACAUCCCCAUGCAGCUCAACAUCUACAGCAUUGAGGAUCGCACACGGGUGCCAGCAAAGUUCCGCUACCCGUUCUACUUUGAGAUGUGCUGGUACGUCCUGGAGAGAUACCUCUACUGUCAGACCAACGUCUCCCACCUCACUCCUGAGUUCCAGAAAUACUCCCUAGGCAUAGGACUUACACAGGCUGACCUUGAAACCAAUGAUCAACCCAAGAAUGGCACCUCUAAUGGAGUUGACAGUGACACUGAAAUCAAGGAGGUCAUAAUCAAGGAAGAACAUGUGGAAAAAGAGGAGACGGCUGAAGUUGCCACACCUCAGCACAUGCUGACUCCCUUUGAGCUUGAGGGACUGUGGAACCUCUUAGGGAAGCUGGAGGAGCUGCCGGACCAGAAGAAGUGUGUUCCUGCAGGCAUCAUGGAUGCUGCAGCCCUGAUCCAAGACAUGAGGACUCUUCUGAAAGAGCAUUCCAAUGAUGACCCUAAGUUGUCCUACACUGGAGAGCCCAUUGUCAAGUGGCCUGAAAGGCCGUCAUGGUACCAGCCCCCCACUCCCCCUCCCCCUGUCAUUUACCGUCCUCGCUUGGGCCCCACCCUCCACAAGCCUCUGGGUCAGAGGCCCACCAAGCGCUCCUCCAUCUCGGCCCUGAGGCGCCGACGGGUGAGGUGUAAGCGCUGCGGCGCCUGCUGCAGGAAGGAGUGCGGCACCUGCCAGUUCUGCCACGACAUGAGGAAGUUUGGUGGCCCUGGACGCAUGAAGAAGGGCUGCAUCAUGAGACGGUGUCUGAUGCCUGCCUUACCGAACACAGCGCGCUGUGCCAUAUGUGGAGAAGGAGAGUUGGACGAAUCAAAUCCGAGCACUUACUCACUCAUGGAGUGCUCCGUCUGCUCGCAGAUUGUCCAUCAUCAGUGCAUUAAGGAACCCGGUGAAGGGAAGAUCAAUAAAGAUUUGCCCAGCUGCUGGGAAUGUCCCAAAUGUUACCAAGGCAAAGACUUAGAGUCUUCCAGCGAUGAGGAAAGUGGAGAGUCGGAGGGCUCCACCUCCUUGCCACCGUCCAAGCUGGCCUACCGGGAAGGCAUCGGUGUAGGUGAAGGGGUGAGACGAGGGAGACUGAGCAGAUCCUCAUCCCGAUCCACAGCUCCACCACCUUCUCAGAAACUUCUACUGCAGCAUCAACAGAACCGCAAAAGAGCAAAUGCACUGGAGCUCAGACUUAAGAAGAGGAUAAAACUAGAGCGCAGCAAAAUCCUAACGAAGCAGUCGUCUCUGGAGCGCUCUCCCAGGCUGCUGCGCUCCAGGGUGCUGUCCCGGCUACGCUCUCCAACCAGCAGACUAUCUCAGGGCCGAGGCCGGGGCGCCUCCUGGACCAGUGGCUCCUCCUACCACAGCUCUCCAGGAGGGACUGGUUCCUUCCAGCAGCAGUCUUCCCUCGGCCUGGCACUUGAGCCCAAGGGAGAGUCCCACAGAGGGAGGGGGAGAGGGGUGAGGCUGCGGGGAGGAGGAGCAGGAAGAGGAAUCCGAGGUGGUAGAAGCCAUGAAGAGUUGGAGGAGGAGAGCGAGGACAGCAGCAGCAGCAGCACCAACAGCAGCACCAACAGCAGCAGCAGCAGCAGUAGCAGCAGCGAUGCUGAUGAGGAAGAAGAGAAAGGGCAGAACAUUGGGAGGGGAUUGGAUAAAGAGAACCAGCCACAGUCGAGGCGAGGAGGACGGGCAGCCAAAGAGAGGGAAGAGGAAGCGAGCGAGGUGGCCAACCAAAGCGGUGCAGAGGAGGAUGACGAGGAGGAGACUGAGCAGGACAGUGAAACAAGGGGCAAAGAUGGCUCAUUUCUUAAAGUGACACUCCAAAGGCCAACCAGAGCAAAACACGACCCGUCAGCCAUUGUCCCCAAAUUAGAAGCUAUCGCCACUCAAACUGCCACUUCCACUAUACACAGCCAGACCAGACUCCUCGUCAGACCCCCCAUUAGAAGCCGCGGCCCCUGUCCCGAUCAACUCCCCAGUAGGCACACGCCUCCUCACACUCGUAGUAGACUCACGGACACUCGCUCGUCCCACCCCGAGAGGCUGGAGGACUCUAAAAAAACGAGGCCGAGCAGACCUGCAAAAUUGAGCAAUGGCGCCUCCUCUUCUUCGACCUCUGAGCUUCCCCAUCUCCGCAUCCCUCUCUCCGCCCUGCAGGAAGGAGGGAGCGAGGCUGACCGGGAGAACAGUGGCAGCGGACCAGGCUGCGAGAGGGAAGUGUGGGUAUCCGUCUUCCGUUACUUAAGUCGAGCAGAUCUCUGCGUCUGCAUGGCUGUCUGCAAGAACUGGUACAAAUGGUGUUUAGACAAGCGGCUUUGGGCACGGAUUGACCUGAGCAUCAAACGCACCGUUACCCCUCAGGCCCUCACCGGCAUCAUCAAGAGACAGCCGGUCACGCUGGAUCUGUCCUGGACCAACAUCUCUAAAAAACAGCUCAACUGGCUUGUUGGCCGGCUGCCUGGGCUGAAGGAUCUGAUGGUGGCAGGUUGUUCCUGGUUAACUAUUUCAGCUCUCUGCUCCUCUGGUUGCCCUCUCCUCCGUUCUCUGGACCUGCGGUAUGCAGAUGGCGUCAAAGACUCUCAGAUCAGGGAUCUAGUCACCCCUCCAGGUUGUGACAAUCGCAGUCAUUUUCGGACCAUGCAGUGUUUGCGACUAGCAGGCCUGGACAUCAGCGACUCCACUCUGCGCCUGGUGAUCCGCCACAUGCCCCAUUUAACAAAACUGGACCUCUCCCACUGCAACAGCCUCACCGACAACUCCAUCAACCUGCUGACCGCAGUGGGCUCGUCCACACGAAACACGCUCACAGAACUCAACCUGGGAGGUUGCAGUAAACUGACUGACACUAGUCUGAAGUAUCUCCGCCGCCUCUCUUGCAUCUCACUGCUGGACCUGCGAGGCUGUAAAGGUGUCUCCCGCAAGGCCUGUGAGGCCUUCAUCUCCGAGCUGUCGGUCAACACACUCUACUGCCUGUCGGAUGAAAAACUGAUCCAGAGGAUUUCCUAAGCAUCCGCCUCCUCUGACUGCAGAGGUGCAAAGGCAACAGUGAAUCUGUGUAACACAAAGGACACAGACGGGAAGGGAAGUUCACAUGCACCCGUAUCACAUUAAAGGAGGGGGGGGGGGGGGUCUAAACUGGGAGUGCUUAAUCACUUAACUGGUGUUGGUGAAAGGGGUCGUCAUAGCUGAAACAAUAUUUCUUUUUUAACAUUAGGUACAUUUUUCCAGGUACCGUAAAAUAACUCAUUUUUUUCAGUUCUUUUGGGGAUUAAUGUGGGGAAAAGCAAAAUGUCGUGUUUUUUUUUUUUUUUUGUUUUGUUUUUUUGUUUUUUUGUUUUUUGGCCAGGAGUUGGAGAACAUGGGCAAUCAAUUCUCUGUACCAGCCAAUCUUGACUCUCAUCACAAACUCCUGCCUUGAGUUCGACUUUUGAGUUUCAUAUUUGGGGCGUAACUGCAUUGUUAUGUUUGGCUGAUUCCCAUAAAGUCGUAUUUAUCUUGUGAUUUAUCAUUUCAACUCAUUUAAUAUCCGCUACUUUUGGGUGCUCUAAAUAGAUCGUUAUUUUUUUGUCAGAUUCAAGAGAGCACACGUCUAGAAGUUUGACGUCUGCUUUAUGCACAACUAUGCGCUGAGAUUUAUUUUUUUGAAGACAACUAAAGGUGACAGAUCUUUGACAAGACUUAUAAAGUGGGGGAGUGGAAUGGCCUGUGUUUACCAGUUGUAUGUUCAGCUUAAUAAGGCAUUUGGAUGCAACAGUAGUCUAGUGGUAUACCUGAUAAGUGUACAUGGACAUCGAGUAGAUGUGGUUGUAUCAAAGGGUUAAAAGACAGUGUGAGAAGGCAAUCGACAAAGCAGCAACACUUCACCCCAACAAAGGGCAGGUUGCAUGGAGUGUUCGGGGUAAGCCACAGUUCAGGUGUCUGAUAAAUGGUGCAUUUUCAAACAACCGUUAGACUUCAGGUGCUAUUAUUUCCAAACUUUUAUUGCUUUGUUUUUGUACAGGGACAACAUUUUUAGAGCCAAAAUGUUAAUAUUCUAGAUGAAAUUGCUCCCCACUCCUAUUUGAUACACUUUAUUCUUUUCAUGGAUGAAACAUGCGAGGAUCUAAUUCUCACUGAAUUCCAUGACUUUGUCCAAUUCAAUAUAGAGAUGUACCUUUUUUUUUGGUUGGGGUUGCUCAUUUCUUUGUUCCGUUAAAGUGUAGUAGUUCUGUAUCAACGGUCUCCUUCCUGACCGCCCUCCUGGACAUAUACCUUAAAAUGUAUAUAAAUAUAUACUUUUGUGUAAAUGUGUUUUCCUCUUUUCGAUUAUCAAAACGGGAGUCCUGUAGCAUUGUAAUUAUUUUCAAAAGCAUUUUUCACUUUAUGUUAUUUGUGUUAUUUUUCAA